GCUCUGUGUAAAUACACAACUAACCAAUGACAGAGACUGUACGCCUGCAGGGUCUGUUUUAAAUGUGUGCAUCUGUAAAGCCUCAGUGCUACUGGAGUCACCAUGGAUCGAACCACAAUCAUAGCGACUGUCCUUGGAUUCUUACUCAUCUGUGUCACCUCCGCGCCAACCAGUAAGGAACAAGACAUUGACAUCUACAGCUUCCACAUAAACACCACGGUAACCAGCCGCUACGCCAUCACAGUCAUCACGAGCCGUGUGGCAAACCGCUUCAAUGAGUCCAAAGAAGUCCAUUUCCAGGUCAAGAUUCCCAAGAAUGCUUUCAUCAGCAAAUUCAGAAUGACCAUAGAGGGGAAGACGUAUGAUGGAGUUGUGAAGAAGAAAGAAGAGGCUCAGCAGCAGUACAGUCAGGCAGUGUCUCGGGGAGAAAGUGCCGGAUUAGUCAGCUCAGUAGGAAGGACUCUGGAGGAGUUUAAAACCUCAGUGACAGUGGCCGCUUUCAGUAAAGUGACCUUUGAACUCACCUAUGAGGAGCUGCUAAAGCGACGCCUUGGCAAAUAUGAGCUACUCAUCAAUGCCCAACCAAUGCAGCCUGUAGCAGACUUCAAGAUUGAUGUGUACAUCCAUGAGAGUCCAGGUAUUUCCCUACUGGAAGUGAAAGGAGGGCUGAACACUAAUGAGCUGGCCAAUGCUGUAACCUCUACACGAUCUGGUAAAGAGGUGUGGGUGAACUUCUAUCCAACUCUUGAGCAGCAGACCAAGUGUGAAGCUUGUGGACCAAAAGGAAUGAAUGGAGACCUGAUCAUAAUGUAUGAUGUAGACAGAUCAAAACCCAGUGGAGAACUGAAGGCAUCAAAUGGCUAUUUUGUCCACUAUUUCGCACCCACAGAUAUUGAGAGAAUCCCAAAAAACGUGGUCUUUGUCAUUGACCGAAGUGGCUCCAUGCACGGACGGAAAAUUCAACAGACCCGUCAGGCAUUGCUGAAGAUCUUAGGAGAUCUUGCUGGGGAAGACCACUUCGGGCUGAUCGCCUUUGAUGAUGAAAUAGAGGUCUGGAAAUCUGAGCUCAUCCAAGCCACAGGGAGCAACCUGAAGACAGCAAAGGAAUUUGUGAGAAAGAUAUCAGAUCAGGGAGCUACAGACAUCAAUGCUGCAGUGCUGAAGGGAGCGGAGAUGAUCAACAGACACCCACGAGAAAGCUCCACUUCCAUCCUAAUCCUGCUGACUGACGGAGACCCAACUAGCGGUGAAACUGCCAUAGAGAGGAUUCAGGCCAAUGUGAAAAAGGCUAUUAAGGGAACGUUUCCUCUGUACUGUCUGGGGUUCGGAUUUGAUGUCAACUUUGAUUUCUUGGAGAAAAUGGCUCUGGAAAACAAUGGACUCGCCCGCAGGAUCUAUGAGGACUCCGAUGCUGACCUACAACUACAGGGUUUCUUUGAGGAGGUGGCCGUUCCUCUGUUAACUGACGUCCAACUGAACUAUAUCGGAGCAGUAAAUCUCACCCAGACCAGUUUCAGCCACUACUACAACGGCUCAGAGAUCGUGGUAGCUGGACAAAUCACAGACAACAGCCUGGAGACUUUCCAAACAGAGGUCAUCGCAAUCUCAAAAAGGGAUGAAGUAACUUUCCAGGACUCUUUAUCAACAAAAGACGUGGUCGAUGUUUUGCCACAACACGACAACUUCAUCCAGAGAUUGUGGGCUUGUCUUACAGUGAAGCAGCUACUGGAGAAAGAAGUGACACUUGAGGAAGAAGAGAAAGAAGCAGCCAAGAAAGAAGCCCUGGAUCUCUCACUUAAGUACAAGUUUGUGACUCCACUGACCUCCAUGGUGGUCACCAAGCCCCACGAAGAGGACACACAUGUUGCCCAUAAACCCAAAGAGGGGGAGCGCCCAGACUCUGUAUUUCCACACGGACCUCCAGAAGCAGAUCUUCUUUUUGCAGAAGCGGAAGAGGGCAUGGAAUAUGAUGAUUCUUUUUCAAUGACGCGAAGCAUGGACAGGUCAACUGAAACUACUUCCAGCAUUCUCGCUCCAGAGGGCAUGGAAUAUGAUGAUUCUCUUCCAAUGAUGAUCAGAAUCAUGGACAGUUCAACUAAAACUACUCCCACCACUCCCGCUCCAGUGGGCAGCAUCAGAUUCUUGAUCUCUUCUCGUGAUCAGGCAAAGCCGAUCUGCUAUGACCUACCUGUAGCUCCCAAACUCCGCCUUCUCAUGGACCCCUCUUCAGAUUUCUCCAUGAAUGGCUUGGUUUCACAAAAAGGCUUUGAGCUAAUCAUUCUUCGUUUCAAAAAUUCGAAACAUAUGCUGCGCCUGAGCCCUGUGGACAUCCUGUAUGUUGCUCCCCAGCAAACUGUAAAGUUUGUUUGGGGGCAGGAGAUCACCAGGCAGGAGGCCGAUAGUGUGACUCUGAUUCUGAGAAAAAAUGAAGUAGACGUUACCAUGGGAACCGUGCGUGUCGUCGUCCUCCAUCACGAGAAAAAUGGGGAAAAGUUUCUGUGGCCUGCUGUUCGCCAACAACCAAGCGGUGUCACUUUGCAAGGAAUUCUGGCAAAAAACAAUCUUCAGUAUGAGGAACUGCCAGGCUCCCUGAUUAAAAUCAAUGAGAAGGAAAUGAAAGCAUCUUGGAGUACUGCCGUUGACUACCGACUCCCUUCAUCCCCUAGUGUGGGGUGCUGGCUUGUACCAUUCCAGUUCGCUCUGCAGGGGGAGCUCCCUGACUUCACUGUCUCAGACGUGUAGGUGUUUUACCUGCUUUACUAACAGGAGUGAAGUAUCAGCAAACGCUUUGAGAAAUUAUGUCAAAACAUAAGGAGUUUUAUGAUUGUGCUCCGUAAAUAAAAAUAAAA